AUUAAAGCCGCGAGUAGACGCGCAGUGCCAACAGACAGUUCUGUCCUGGAAUACCGGAGACCCGAACGACGGUGAGACGAAAAACAACAUAUGGAUUGAAGCACGCACUUCACUUCCGGACCACAAACCACUUAACGGUGCAAUUGCACGUCUCUCCCAGACCCCGCCGAGAGAUGUGGCUGCUGGAAAAGAUCCGCGGUUCAGUGGAGGGAAAAGUUCUCCGACAGGGAGACUCUGCUGACAGACAGAGCAAAGCCCCCACCUACAGCAAUGUCCUCACCCCUGACAAGAUUCCUGACUUCUUUAUUCCGCCCAAAUUGGUGUGCUGCCCCCCAGAGGAGGAGACGCCGGAGAUGAAGCCAAAAAACGGGCUCCAUUCUUCUAUAUCCGAUCAGACCAUAUGCUGCAAGAUGCCACAGGGCAGUCCGCGCAGCCCGCGCCUCAUUAACAAGUUGGCUGGAGACACCAAGAACUUGCUUAAAGCUGCAAACCGCCACAUCAUCCAGAUUGAGAGUGCAGAUGACUUGGUGGUCGGGGAAGUGGGCGACCUCAACACAAACGCAGACCCCCAGUCCCAAACGGCCAUGUCCUUGCCCUACGUACCCAAAGCGCAAACCUCCUACGGUUUCGCCACGCUCAUGGAAAGUCCUCACACGAGGCGAAAAGAGUCCCUCUUCCAUAGCGACCCCACAAGUCCGCUCACCUCACCCAACACCCAACGCAAGUCGCAGGGCAACCACUUAAACCCCAGCGACUGUAACACCUCCCAUUCCAACCCCUACCGCUACUUCAGCGGGGGGGAAAGCGACACGUGCUCCUCAGCCGAGUCCUCCCCGUUCAGCUCCCCUCUGUUGUCACGUUCCGCAUCCCUCCUCAAGGUGUUCACCCAUGAAACCCAAGCCAAAGUAUCCCGGGCCAAGCGCUCCUUCGCCCGGCACAGUUCUCUCUCCACGGAUGAAUGCAGCUCUGUGGAGACCAGCCCGAAUAUUCCGAGGCGCUUUCGUUGCCCUCCUUCUCCAGCAUUCCGAGGACGCAAACACGGAGGCAACAUGGAUCGCUUCACACAGCACACUGUCAACCUCCACAAGGGUGGAACUCUACGCAUCUGCACAGACUACGACAUUGAUGCCACCAGGCUUCAUGUCCGUGUCUUGGCGGCCGAGGACCUCUAUGAUAAGCAGUUCGAUGUGAAGGCCAUCAAUUGUUGCGUGGCUCUGUACCUGAAUCCGGGAAAGCUCCAGAAACAGCGGAGCACCAUUAUCAAGAACAGCCGCAACCCUGUCUUCAACGAGGACUUUUACUUUGACUCCCUUCCUGUUGCGCAGGUGAAAAACCUUGCCAUCAAGAUGAAGGUAGUCAACAAGGGCACCAGUCUGAAGAGAAAUACCUUACUGGGAGAGAGGGAGGUACCCUUGAAGGAGUUGCUUUCUGGGAUCUAGAGGUCAGACUUUAUCUCCCACCAUGGGGCAAACACACCGAUGCAGUCUUCAACUAACAGAACCAGACAAGGAAAUAUCCCAGCUCUGAUUUUGAGUGCUCAAAGUGGUUGGUCCCUUUGGUUGCAAAACUCUCCAACUAACUGCGUGCAGCUUCCUAACAUGUUUACCAGCAGUGAGAGUGAAUGGAUGUACUGUAUGUGUGAGAUGUUCUGUAUAUACAGCCCAUGAGUUUACAGGCAUGCUUCGAUUGUAUGAGUUCCCAGGUUCGUGUUUGUGUUGAGACCAAUGUCUUCUUGAUUGCAGACCCUGCUGGGUCUCACUGUUGGAGACCCCAUUAGAUAAAAACAGCUCCCCAUCCACAUGGCGUAUCUCCACAACAACAGCACAUUCUUGUAGACUGAAGUUUUGAAGUCACUUAAGGCCAGAUGCAAAUGCAUGCUUCAUCAGCCUUAAAAUGUACGAAAGUGACAAAUAUGUAUAUAUAUAUAUAUAUAUUUCCCCUGUAUUGCUAUAAUAACAGUGUUUCACCUUUUGCCUCUCUAAUUCCACUCUUUAGGGUUUCAGACUGUGGCAUUUCUCUCAGUCUCACUGUAAAACUGGACUUUUGCUCUUUUCUUUUUGAACGCUGAAUCUGUGCAGUUAAAAACACCCUUCAGCCUUAUUGAGUGACAAGCUGCUCACUUUGAGUGACAGAACUUCAGAGAGGGAGUGAUUCGUGAUUGGACAGAACAUUUGACAUCAUCAUGAAUGUCAUGACAAUGUGAUUUCUGUAAAUAUGUAGAAGGCUCUUUUAAAUCUGCUUCUGUGUAGCUGCACCUGAAAUCACUCCAUAUUCCCUAUACAAUGUUGACUAAAUAUUGCACAGUUUCGAGAAAGAGUUCAAAAUACUACAGGAAACAAAAAGUGCCAAAAACUACCAUGGUAUUACCACAUUUUUGGACAUGCUUUUGAAAAUGCCAUGGCAUUUUUUGCAGUAACUUGGACUGGCAUGGGUUCUUGGGUAUGUACUGUGGUAAUCCCAUAGUUUUGAUAUUUACCAUGGUUAUUUAUAUGAAUAUCAAAAGUAUUGUAGUAUAUACCUGAUCUGAUACCAUUGCUUUACCAUCAUCAUUUUGGGGGCAUGUACUAUGGAAAUACCUUGCUUUUGGGCAAGUACCAACUAAUACCAUGCCAUUCUUUGAAGUACCAUAUGGCAGUCUAUACCAUUAUUUUUUUCAUGUGGCCCAAGUUUUUAGACAUGUAACCUGAAUGUAUCAUUGUAUUCUUCGAAUUGCCAUUAUACUUAUUGCUUUACCAUGGUACUGCUUUUGUAAGGGAUAUACAAGUAACCAAAAGUUGCACAUGUUAAACUGUUAUAUAGAGGCUAUGCUAAAAUACACAAUGCUUGCAAAGAAGUUUCUUCAGAACAAAAACGUAAGUGUUUAUGUUUCUAAAGGACAUUAACGCUGCCCACUAGUGCCAUUUUAGUUUCAAUCUCAGGUUAGGGAACAUAGUGUAUUUUCGUAUGUGUGCACUUUAAUAGAUUACAUUUUUGAUUUGCAACACUUCAUGGUGCAUUGUGGAUAUUGUUUAGUAAAGUAUAAAAUUGUUUAAUAGGACAUCCCCCAGGAAAUAUGGAAUUUCUCCAUACAGUGUUUAUGUUCAGAAAGUGUUCAGAUGAUUAUUCUUCUAUUAAAUAUGUGCACAGAUUUUUGGCAUGUUUAUAGUAGAUGUGUUUGUGGAUGUUUUCCAAUGGGAGCAGUUGCAUGGCAGUGUUCAAGCCCUCAAGUUUUAAUUUCUAUUGUUAUUAAGUCAGAUGGUGAACAUGUAAGAUAUAAGCUCACGUCAUUUCUUCAUGUCAUCCCCUGUAUUGGAUCCACAGCACUACCACUAUUUAGUACUGAUACUCUUUUUUACAACAGAACAUAACAGCGACUUCCCGCUUCCCCCCCUAUUUUGGACAUGUAUUUUUCUCAUUCAUUUUCUCCACUGGUAUUUUGAGGAAAAAAGGUGUUAUAAAAAUAACAGGCUGAAAUGAAAAUUCUGUCUUAAAAGCUUUAUAUCAUAUCUAAAAACCUGAAAAUGAAUUGGAUUUUCACCUCACCCUACGGUUCCAUUUAAAUACUGUUGAUUAAAUCCAAGUCAGAUAAAUUUGGACUUUAAAAUUACCCUUGUAUGAGACACUGUAAUGCGUCAUACGUGGCAAGCUCUUUGUUUGACCUAAAGAGUGUCCUGUAAUGUUCCUAAGAGCUCUUCAAUCAGGUUACCACACUCUUCGGUUCUUGAGUGGAUUCACACAAUUGCAGCGCUAUUAGAAGUGAGACAGAUUGUCUCUCAGUUCUGGCUUCAGUUCAAGGCAACACAUCUGUGUGUUUUUGAUGAAUCAUUUGCAUAUUCUUAAGGGUGAAGUGUAAUUUAUGUGCCACAUGUGACACCAAAUGGAAUUUCAUGUUUUCUACUGGAACGUGAGUGAUUUUCUUGUGCAAAAGUUGCUAAAGAGUUGUUGUUGGUUGCCACCUCUGAAAACUGUUUUUUUUUUUUUCCCCAUUUUUUUGGAAUAACAUGCAGAUGAAUCACACACAAA